AAGACCAUCCACCAUGUCUCAAGCCAUCCCAACUUCCACCUCCGUCGUGGAGUCUGCCGUGAUCAAGGCUCCUCUCGCCGCUGUUUGGCACUAUAUCAAGCUCGAGAAAUUCAAUACCUGGUACUCCGCCAUCAAGCAGAGCGAUUACGUGAAGGGAGCCUCUCCAGACACCGAUGUCGUGAAGUGGACAUUCAACGACGGCACCGUGCUCGAAGUCAAGCAGGAGGAGCACAGCUCGAUCAGCCACUACAUCACCUACAGCAUCAUCUCCUCUCAGCCUGCUCUCUCCUACUCCUCUGUCUUGAGCACCAUUCGCUGCUACCCAGUCACCAGCGGCGAGAACGAGGGCUCAACCUUUGUUGAGUGGACUGGCAACUUCUCUAGCGAUGCCGGGGCCGAUGUCAUCCAGGACGCCAAGUUCAAGCGCCGUGAUGCCCUCGCCGACCUCGCCAAGGCUUCCGUGAAGAAGUAGAAAGAGCUGGAGCAUCUAUGAGACUAUGAAGGCACGGACAAGCAUAUGACGAAGAGGUCAUGAAGCAGACAACAUCACUGGAUGAUACCCAAAGCAGUAGGCAUUGAAGAAG